CUGAGUAAAAGGAGAAAAAAGGCAAGGGGCUGUUAAAUUGAGCAGUAAAACGACACGGCGCAGGAAAAGCAGCCUUUAGAGCCGCAACGUGCUCCGGAGGCUCACUGGAUAUUGACACGUUCGUCUAAAAGAAGAAAUGUCACGUCCGGACGUUUUCUAAUCGAAUAGGAAAGACGCUUAUAUCUGGGGGAUAAAACAAAGUGAACCCUAGAAACCGUUUUAGCUAGUUUUAGUUACAUUACCGUCUGAAGACUUUUUGGACUUAAUGUCAGUAGGAACGCCUUGAAACGUCAACGAGGUGUCAGUAUAAGAUGGAUCUGCGGCUUCUUUUAAUAGCAACUUUAUCAGCGGUCCUUGGUGGCAGCACGGCACAGCAAGAUGGCAGCAUGUGCAUCAAGGCCAAUGCGCAGUCUUGUGGGGAAUGCAUCCAGGUCUCAGAGACGUGCGGAUGGUGCACAGACGAAAACUUUCUGACAGUGGGUGAACCCAAAUCUGCUCGCUGUGACGAUCUGGAGUCCCUGAAGAAAAGAAAGUGCACAGAAAGCCUAAUUGAGAACCCCCGUGGGAAUAUCAUUCUGGACCAGAACAAGCCGGUUACCAUGCGUAAAAAGGACGAGAAAGUGAAGCUGGAGGACAUCACCCAGAUCCAGCCUCAGAGGGUGACCGUCACGCUACGAACCGGCGAACCACAGACCAUAAACCUGAAAUUCCGGCGGGCUGAUGACUACCCCAUCGAUCUGUACUACCUGAUGGACCUGUCCUACUCCAUGAAGGACGAUCUGGAAAACGUCAAGAACCUCGGCACUGAACUCAUGAGGGAAAUGGCUAAAAUCACCUCCGACUUCCAGAUCGGCUUUGGCUCAUUUGUUGAGAAAACGGUCAUGCCGUACGUCAGCACCACACCACUCAGAGUGAUGAACCCGUGCUUGGGCAACCAUAACUGCACCAGCCCCUUCAGCUACAAGAACGUCCUGUCUCUGACCAAGGAUGGAAAGAGUUUCAACAACCUGGUCAGUCAGCAGCAGAUCUCAGGAAACCUGGACUCACCUGAGGGCGGCUUUGAUGCUAUCAUGCAGGUGGCAGUGUGCGAGAAAAUAAUUGGCUGGAGAAAUGUGACUCGACUGCUCGUGUUUUCCACUGACGCUGGUUUCCACUUUGCUGGGGACGGAAAACUAGGGGGCAUCGUCUUACCCAACGAUGGGCAGUGCCACCUGGAGGGCAACAUGUAUACUAUGAGCCACUACUACGACUACCCCUCUAUCGCUCACCUGGUCCAGAAAUUAAGCGACCACAACAUCCAGACGAUCUUCGCUGUAACUGAAGAGUUCCAGCCUGUUUACAAGGAGCUGAAAAACCUUAUCCCCAAAUCAGCUGUCGGCACUCUGUCCUCCAACUCCAGCAACGUGAUCAAACUCAUUCUAGAUGCUUACAAUUCUCUGUCAUCUGAAGUCACUCUGGAGCACAGCAAGCUCCCAGACGGAGUCACCAUCCAAUACAAGUCCUUCUGCAAGAACGGAGUGACCCAAACCGGCGACGACGGCAGGAGAUGCUUCAACAUUUCCAUUGGAGACGAGGUCAACUUCAAGAUUUCCAUCGAAUCCCAGAAGUGUUUUUCGAAAGAUGAGAUCAUUAAAAUCAAACCGCUGGGCUUUAAUGAGGAGUUGGUGGUCAACCUGAAGUUCAUCUGUGACUGUCAGUGCUCCUCGAGCGGCCAGGCCAACAGCAAGAAAUGCUUCGACGGCAACGGGACCUUCGAGUGUGGAGCGUGCAAGUGCAAUGAAGGGCGCAUCGGGCGCGUGUGCGAGUGCAGUAAAGACGAGGUUCGUACUGAGGACCUGGACGCCAACUGCAGAAAAGACAACGGCACUGACAUCUGCAGCAACAACGGCGACUGCGUCUGCGGGACCUGUGAGUGCAAGAAGCGAGAAAACCCUGCAGAGGUUUACAGCGGCAAGUACUGCGAGUGCGACAACUUCAACUGCGACCGCUCCAACAACAAGCUGUGUGGAGGUCACGGCCGCUGUGAGUGCAGGAAAUGCAUCUGCGACGCAAACUACACCGGCAGCGCCUGCGACUGCUCCCUGGACACCACCCCCUGUCUGGCCAAGAACGGGCAGAUCUGUAACGGCCGUGGCGAGUGCAAAUGUGGAAGCUGCAGGUGCACAGACACCAAAUUCCAGGGGCCCACCUGUGAGCUGUGUCCCACCUGUCCCGGCGUCUGCACUGAGCACAAGGACUGCGUUCAAUGUCUGGCGUUCCAGACCGGCGACAAGAAGGACACGUGCAAGAAGGAUUGCAGCAACUUCAACGUGACCAAGGUGAAGGAUCGGGACAAGCUGCCGCAGCCCACUGACCAGGUCUUCCCUCUGGCCCACUGCAAGGAGAGGGACGCCAGCGACUGCUGGUUCUACUUCACCUUCUCCGUCAAGAACGACACCAACCAGGUGGUGGUGCUGGAGCAGCUGGAAUGCCCGGAGGGACCCGACAUCAUCCCCAUUGUGGCCGGCGUGGUCGCAGGCAUCGUGAUGAUCGGGCUGGCCCUGCUGCUCAUCUGGAAGCUGCUCAUGAUCAUCCACGACCGCCGAGAGUUCGCCAAGUUUGAGAAGGAGAAGAUGAAUGCCAAGUGGGACACGGGAGAGAAUCCCAUCUACAAAAGUGCCGUGACCACAGUCGUCAACCCAAAGUACGAGGGCAAAUGAUGGAGCCGUGCCUUCACUGAACAACACUGUGCCGAGAAGAAAGGGGGCGGGGCUUCUAAUGCUCACUGUGUCUUCGUCUCUGUAGUCCGCAAACGCCGCUCUUGUUUUACUAACUUGAUUUGCUAUGCAUCAUUUGUGUGCAGGUGGUUGUGUGUGUAUGUGUGUGGGGGGGGUGUCUGGGUGUGUGUGUGUGUGUGUGUGUGUGAAGCUUGAAUGUGUUCCUGCCUUGCAACGGGCUGAAUAACCAGAAAAUAAAAAUGGGAGCCAUCAGUUUAGUCCAGAUGGAGCUCUUAAACGUGUCUCGUCUGGAGGGAUUGAUCUGUGAAUGUGUGAGGGAGAGCGGGAGACCUGUUGAUCUCCAGCCGGACCAAAGGUCUUUGUGUGUUUGUCUAAAGAGCGUCUGAAACCGUGAUCUCUCUUUGAAACGUUGGAGUAAAGUGUGUCAGCCGUAAACGUGUACAGCAAGUGCAGAAAGCCAUAUUCCAGAAUAUGGUUUAUUUGUUUCUUGAUCCAUCUGAACAAUCCUUGUGUUUUUAAAUUCUUUUCUAUGUGACAGGACUCCGUUUACUCUCGGAUUUCUGUUUGGUUCCAGGUUUUUACUCGCUUAUUUUAAAGCCAACUCAGGUUUUUAAUUCCUCUCAGCUUUACCAAAUACCUGCCUUAUUUGCUCAGUAAUUGUUGGUCAAUAAAAUGUGUUCUUGUUUUCUAUGUCAUGUAUAAUAUGAAUUGGGACAAUCUUUUUUGUUAGUUUGUUUUUUUAUCCCAGAGUAAUUCCAAAGUUUGAAUGCCUCAAUCAACCAUUUGAUGAUGACAGUUUUUUCAAGUGCCUUUUAAGUUCUUCAACAGCUUAAAGUAACUCUGUUCUGAAUUUAUUUAUUAAAUAAGCCUUCCAAACAAUCGUCUCUGAUAUGGCUUUACUCUCAUUGUGCUGUUGCUGCUUAAUCAGGUUGUUGUAAACUGAAUCAGAUUAGCAACAAUGGACAAGUAUUUCUAGAUAACACUGGAAACCUUAGGAAUCAAACUCAUGCAAAUGUUUUUUUCCUUUAAAUGUUACAAUAAAUAUUUCAAUUUUG